ACCAAACCCCCAGAGUCCAUGCACCAGGGCAGAACAAGUUAAGACAGGAUAGAAUGAAGGGAGGAAUAAAAAUAGACAUGUUAGGAGGUUCCUUGUCAGAAGCAAGGGCUUGAGCUUGAGAAAAGGAGAAACUUUAAUUCAAACUAAACACAUUUAGCACAGCACAGCAUUUGUAUCUUUAAAGAACUCAGUAACACAAUUUUCUGAGAAGUUGUGCAGGUCUGUAAAACUUCCCUCUGCAACUCCCACUGCAGCAGCUUACUCGAUUUGUGGCUUCUACAGUUUCCGGUCUUAAGUGUAAGAAUGCUGGCACACUUGCUGUCGUUCAGCCGCUCUCUGGUUAGAAGGAAAAAUGUGGACUGUCUGGAGGACUCCAAGCUGUGUCGCUGCCUCUCCACAGUGGAUCUCAUCGCUCUGGGUGUGGGUAGCACUCUUGGUGCUGGGGUCUAUGUCCUAGCUGGGGAAGUCGCCAAAGGCAACUCAGGCCCUAGCAUUGUCGUGUCUUUCCUCAUAGCCGCUCUGGCCUCUGUCAUGGCAGGCUUGUGCUACGCUGAAUUUGGAGCUCGUGUGCCCAAAACUGGUUCUGCAUAUCUGUAUAGCUAUGUGACAGUAGGAGAACUCUUGGCCUUCAUCACCGGAUGGAAUCUCAUUCUCUCAUAUGUCAUAGGAACCUCAAGUGUUGCCAGAGCUUGGAGUGGAACAUUUGAUGAAUUAAUAGGAGGCCAUAUUGAGCAGUUCUGCAAAUUACACUUCAGAAUGAGCCUGCCAGGCCUGGCAGAAUACCCUGACUUCUUUGCAGUUUGUCUUAUAUUACUGCUAUCAGGUCUUCUUUCUUUUGGGGUUAAAGAGUCAGCAUGGGUCAAUAAAAUCUUCACCACCAUCAACGUACUCGUGCUUAUGUUUGUCAUUGUCUCUGGCUUCGUCAAAGGAGAUUCUUUUAACUGGAAGAUAUCAGAAGAAUCCCUUAUAAACUUAACUAUUGUGACAAGAAAUCUGUCAUAUACUGGAAAUGUUACCAGCGAUUAUGGUGCUGGUGGAUUUUUGCCUUACGGCUUUGGCGGAACCUUGGCUGGUGCAGCUACAUGCUUCUAUGCCUUUGUAGGAUUUGAUUGCAUUGCCACUACAGGUGAGGAGGUGAAGAAUCCUCAGAGAGCUAUUCCCAUCGGUAUAGUUGCUUCCCUGCUGAUUUGUUUCUUGGCAUACUUUGGUGUGUCUGCUGCACUUACCCUCAUGAUGCCGUACUAUCUCCUGGAUGAGAAGAGUCCUUUGCCUGUGGCCUUUGACUAUGUUGGUUGGGGUCCUGCUAAAUAUGUGGUGGCAGUGGGAUCCCUGUGUGCACUAUCAACCAGUCUGCUGGGCUCCAUAUUUCCAAUGCCACGUGUAAUCUAUGCUAUGGCAGAGGAUGGGGUGCUUUUCAAAGUGUUAGCCCGAAUCAAUCCUAAGACGAAGACCCCACUUAUUGCCACAAUGGCCUCCGGUGUAGUUGCAGCUAUCAUGGCUUGCCUUUUUGACCUAAAAGCCUUAGUGGAUAUGAUGUCCAUUGGCACUCUGCUGGCAUACUCUUUGGUUGCUGCCUGUGUUCUUAUUCUCAGGUAUCGUCCUGACUCUGUCCUCGAGAGCGCUAAAACUAAUGAAGUCACAGAGUCAGAGCUGACCGAGUCUGAGUCUCAUCUCAAUCGGCUGAAAGAUGGAGGAUUGUCUCUGCACACUCUCUUCAAUCCAUCCCUGCAGCCCACAAAGAGCUCGUCCACUGCUGUUAACGUGGCUGUCGGGGUUAUAGCUAUCGUAGUGUGUGUCAUGAGUGCUCUUACUACACAUUGUGGACGAGCCAUACUUGCUCUGGAGCCCUGGGUCCUGGGAGUGCUGGCAACAUCCUUUCUCAUCUUUUUCAUGUGUAUCGUUUUGGUCUGUAAACAACCGCAAACCAGCAGCAAGGUGUCCUUCAUGGUUCCCUUGCUGCCCUUUCUGCCCAUUCUGAGUAUAUUUGUCAAUGUUUACCUCAUGGUGCAGCUGAGUGGAGACACAUGGAUCCGUUUUUCUGUUUGGAUGUCUUUGGGUUUCCUAAUUUAUUUUGGUUAUGGGAUAUGGCACAGCAGUGAGCACCAGAGGCAGCGUCAGCGCACUGAAAGCGUACCAGAGAAGCAGAGGAUGUUUGUAAAGGAUGGUACUGAGGACAAAUACGUCCAGUCAAAGAAGACCAGUCAGCUUUAAAGAAUAUAUUGCUGUUUAUAGCCUUUAUAACUCUUGCAACAAGCCAUUGUGCUUUAACAACAGACAGAGCAGCUCAGCUCUGAGCUCGGCACCAGGCCUGGUUUGACACUGCUUUCUCUCCACAGAUCUUAAGAUUAAUACCAACAUGAAUGCUGUGAUUUUCUGUAUGAACAUAAACUGUAUGGAUGAUCAUACAAAUAUUAGAGUAAGAAGUGUCUUAACUUGAACUGAGGACUGACUUUCACAUGUUAACCAACUAACACAAUAGCAGGUACAGUCGUAUGCAAAGGUUUAGGAACCCCUGACAAUUUCCAUGAUUUUAAUUUAUAAAUAUUUGGGUGUUUGGAUCAGCAAUUUCAUUGCAUUCA